CGAGCGUCUCAUCCGCGCGAUGACAAAUCUGUUACGUUACUCAACACGUUACCUACCGUCCGCUCGUCCGUUUCAGGCCGAUGCUGAAGCAGAUCAAGAACUCCGCAGAGUCGCACAUCGUGCUGGACUGCUCCACCGAGAGGAUCUACGACGUGUUGAAGCAGGCGCAGCAGAUCGGAAUGAUGAGCGACUAUCACAGCUACCUUAUCACCUCUCUGGAUCUGCACACCGUCGACUUGGAAGAAUUCAGACACGGCGGGACCAAUAUCACAGCCUUUCGAUUAGUGGACCCGGAGAAGCCGGAGAUCCAGAAGGUGAUUCAGGACUGGAUCUACGGUGAGAAGCGCUACAAUCGUGAGCUCGAUAUGGGGCAGAACAGCAAUAAGAACAAUCUCACCACCAUAAAGACUGAAACGUCCCUGCUAUACGACGCCGUCUAUCUCUUCGCCAAGGCGCUCCACGAUCUGGACACGUCCCAGCAAAUCGAUAUCAAGCCGUUAUCCUGCGAAUCUACCGACACCUGGCCUCAUGGAUAUUCGCUCAUUAACUAUAUGAAGAUCGUGGAGAUGACGGGACUCACGGGUAUUAUCAAGUUCGAUCACCAGGGCUUUCGUUCCGACUUUAUGCUGGACAUCAUCGAGCUGAAUAGCAAAGAAGGCUUGAAGAAAAUAGGCACCUGGAAUAGCACCAAGGGUAUCAACUUCACGAGGAGCUACGGGGACGUUUACACUCAAAUAGUUGAGAACUUGCAGAAUAAGACUUUCAUCGUCACGACCAUACUGAGCGCGCCGUACUGCAUGCGGAAGGACUCGAGCGAGAAGCUCACCGGAAACGCGCAAUUCGAAGGCUACAGCGUCGACUUGAUUUACGAGAUAUCGCGGCUGCUUGGAUUCAAUUAUACGUUCCGGCUUGUGCCGGACGGACGUUACGGCUCGUACAACAAGCAGACGAAGGAAUGGGACGGGAUGAUGAAGGAGCUGCUCGAUCAGAAGGCCGAUCUCGCGAUCGCUGAUCUCACCAUCACGUACGACCGGGAACAGGCAGUCGACUUCACGAUGCCGUUUAUGCCUUUAGGGAUCAGCAUACUUUACCGCAAGCCCAUAAAGCAACCACCGAAUUUGUUCUCGUUCCUCAGCCCCCUCAGCCUCGACGUAUGGAUCUACAUGGCGACGGCUUAUCUCGGGGUCUCCGUGCUCCUCUUUAUACUAGCCAGAUUCACACCGUACGAAUGGUACAACCCACACCCGUGCAACAAAAAUCCGGACCGCCUGGAGAAUCGCUUCAAGCUCCUUAACUGCUUGUGGUUCACCAUUGGCUCCCUAAUGCGGCAGGGUUGUGACAUUCUGCCCAAGGCCGUGUCGACGCGCAUGGUCGCGGGUAUGUGGUGGUUCUUCACCUUGAUCAUGAUCUCCUCGUACACGGCCAAUCUGGCGGCCUUCCUCACCGUCGAGAGGAUGGAUUCCCCGAUCGAGAGCGCCGAGGAUCUCGCCAAGCAGACGAAGAUCAAGUACGGCGCUCUGAAAGGCGGCAGCACCGCGGCUUUCUUCAGGGAUUCCAAUUUCUCGACGUACCAACGCAUGUGGUCCUUCAUGGAUUCGGCGAAGCCGACGGUAUUUACGUCGAGUAACGUCGAGGGCGUGGAUCGAGUGAUCAAGGGGAAAGGCAGUUACGCAUUCCUGAUGGAAUCCACCUCCAUCGAAUACGUAAUCGAGAGGAACUGCGACCUCACUCAAGUCGGCGGCCUCUUGGACUCUAAGGGAUACGGCAUAGCCAUGCCGCCAAACUCGCCGUACAGAACGGCCAUAAGCGGGGCCAUCCUGAAGCUCCAGGAAGAAGGGAAGCUUCACAUGCUGAAGACGCGCUGGUGGAAGGAGAAGCGAGGCGGCGGGUCUUGCAGGGACGACACAUCGAAGAGCAGCUCGGCGGCGAACGAGCUCGGCCUGGCGAACGUCGGCGGCGUCUUCGUGGUGCUCAUGGGCGGGAUGGGCGUCGCCUGCGUCAUCGCUGUCUGCGAGUUCGUGUGGAAGAGCCGGAAGGUCGCGAUCGAGGAACGGAAGCAGAAAUCCUCGGGGAAACCGAUCUGCGAAGGUUUUACUGAUCUGCACUAGCGACGGUACGCGCUGCGCUACGAAAACAGAUUCUUAAACUCAAGCCGUACCUCAAAGCGUAUCCGAUCCGGGUUCAGUGGACCUAAGGAAGAACUCCAUCACGAGUGACCGAACACUGUGUAAAGAUCGUAAAAUUAUAGGGACAAAUAAAACUAAUCGGACACAGGAGAAGCAACGAGCCUUGACCUUUCCAAUUUUCCCACCGAGAUCUUCUAAAGCGCACCGGCGCAGUCUGGCUCGACGAAACGGCUCAAGAAUUGUAAAAUUCCUCCUCGUCGAGUGUGCCUGCCGGUGCUUCGAGUAGAAAUACAAAGUGUUCGAUAAUCGCGGCGAGAAACGCGCCGAUCAGCCAUCCUUAUCGGAGUCAAACACAGCUUCGCUCUCUAUCCUCUGAGAGUGGAAUUAUUGAAAUCCAAUGAAAUCGAAGCGACGCCAAUUUUCGACACAACACAGUCCGUGAAUUAUCACGAUACGCGUGACCCAAUAAGGCGAGGCCCAAAAUCGAGAGACGACGAGGCAGGACAAAAAGAGAAAAGGAAAAGAGAACAAGAUUGGAAAGGUCAACGUGUUUGCCAUUUGCUCAUAUCAAAACUUAGAUUAAUUAAACGAAGACUUGAAGCCUCGCAAUAGGAGGAAGGGCCGAGUCCCGCGCUCCUCGCGAAGUCACAAACGUCUCGAUCAACAUAAAAUCAAGUACACAGCCGCGGUGUUCGCAAUUGAAUUACAGUGCUGCGGUACGACACGAACAAUCACGAUUUUAUACCGGCUAGAUAGUGAAUGUAUAGUGUGCCAGGUUAACAGAAAGAGGAAGAAGAAAAGGAGGAGGAAAAAUAAAACGUUUUACUGUAAAUAAUGUGUAGCCUGUCAAGCCAAAUGCGAUCGUAUGUGUGCGCGAAAUCCGUGUUCGCUUCUCAAGACGACAUGAUGGCUUUAUAAUCGAUAAUCGAAGGAGCAAAUGGAUUCCGAUUCGUUCGACAAUUGCGUACGCAACAUAGUUUCUCUCCAUUUUUUCACGUACUUGCCCGUCUACUCUCGUGAAUUUAAUCGCGGUAUGAUUUUUUAAACGAAAGAGUUAACUCGCGCGCGCGCGCGCGAGUAAUACGAUACUAGAGCGUGCAAGGACGACACUCACACACGUACACGUACGCGUUCACGAGGAUCACCACGCCAUAUAUUUGUAUAUCCAUAUGCUCCCUUCGUCGCAAUGUAAAGUACUGCCGAUCCAUGCGCAGAAGCACGCGGAUUCCGAACAAGUUAUCGAAUAGACGGAUCUCUGUAUCACGGCACGGGAUGAGGCCGCUUGUCACACGAACGCUGCGUUUGCGAAAAGUUGCAAUUAUCCGUAGUUGUGUGAGUCAAGUUGAAAGGGCCGCGCGUUGUGCGGCAGUUUAGUAUGACAUUGUUGGUUGUGUCGCAAUGUUUCUUGCUUCUCUCCCGUCACGGAUUCACAGGAGGUGAGUUCAUGAUUUUCAUUUGUACUGUCCUUACUGUCGGUGUUUUAGCACGAAUUAAUCCGCAUAGCCGAAAAGGGUCGUACGUAUCUCGACGUUUAUCGCUGAAAAUUCUCGCCGCGAUUCUCUCAACUUCUUCGGGUAAUCAACUCGAAGUGUAUACUUUCUUCUAUACGUUUUCGUCACUUUAUCGCCACCCCUCCCGCCCUUUGGAGCUAUAACGAUUAAAUCGAACGUCA